AUGAACACAUUUUUAGCCAUCAACAUAUGUCUUGCUUAUAUUCAAUAUGCCCAUGCUGCAUUAAACUUUCAAUUCAACCACAACAAUCAAAGUCAUCUUAUGAAAAGAGACGACUUCAACAGUGACUUUGAAGCUGGAUCAACCGCUGCUCCUAUUAUUGAUUUGUACUUUGGUAGUCAGAAACAAAAAAUUCCAAUAAUAUUAGAUACAGGUUCAUUUACCCCAUUCCUUCAAUCUACAGAUGUUUCCAAAAACAAAGGCUUUGACUACAAAUCAUCCUCAUCAUAUGAAGACAAACAUCAAGACUUCAGUGUCCAAUAUGCUGAUUCCACUAGUUAUAAAGGUACUUGGAGUGAAGAUGAUGUUUCAAACACUGAGAAUGGCCAAAAGUUCAAAUUAAAUUUCGGUUUGGUUACAAAUGCUUCCACUCAAGGUGUCAGUAGUGAUACCAAUGUUUUUGGUUUAGGUUUUGACUAUGAUAAGCCAACUCUUAUUGAUGAUCUGAAAGAUAACAACGUUAUUUCAAGAAAGACUUUCUCUAUUUAUUCGAGUGCUAAUGAUCAUUCAUUGGGUCAAAUCACAUUUGGUGCCAUUGAUACUGAAAAGUACACUGGUGAUCUUGUUGCUGUUCCAUUGAGAUCCUCAGGUAAUGGUUAUGUUUGGUGGACUUAUUUAACAGAUUUAUCAGCUGGUUGUAAAUCUGCUACAGGUGGUAACACUUACUUCAUCAGUUUUGAUUGUGGUUAUACAACUGGUGUCACUCUUCCUUCGGCUGUUCACGAAAAACUAAUGAACAAUUUUGAUGCAUUUUAUGAAUCAGAUUCUCAAAACUAUGUCUUCGAUUGUGAUAAUGCAACACCUUUAGAGGUUGAGGUUAUGGGUCACAAGAUUGAAGUCCCAACAUCUGGUUUCACAAAGAAGGUUAAAAAUUCAGACAAAUGUGUUCUUCAAAAUAUUAAUGUUGGUUCAGAUGACAACACUAUCACUUUUGGUUGGGUAUUUUUUCCUUAUAUUUAUGGUGUAUUUGAUGCUGAAAACAAAGAAUUGUUGUUUGGUAAACCAGUUACUGAUACUUCAGAUUCACACAUUGAAGAUCUUCAUGAUUCAAUUCCUGGUUCUACACAAGCAUCUUUAUACUCCUCUGUUUCAGAUGCAGUCACAACUAACAGUAUUUCAAGAACCUCAGUUCAAACAUCAUCUACAUCCAUUGAACUAGAAGGAACAGGUGUCAGCUCUCAAGGGUCAUGUGGUAACAAACGUUUAGCUAGACGUUUCAGUUUAGCUGCGGAUAAUACACCAACUUUGGCAACUCAUGUAUAUGAAGCAGUCUCUGAAACUGCAUCAGCUGGAUCAAAUGUCACAGCUAAUAGCUCAACUGCUGUUCCUGUUUCACAAUAUGAGGAUUCAGCAUCCACAUUUGGUCAAACUAGCUUCAUCUUGAUGUUAUUUUCCGGUAUUGUUGCUCUUUUGUUUUAA